AUUUUGUAUUAACCGCAUGGUAUAUGCUUUAAAAUUGUAUAUAUCACUUAAAUAUAAUAUUUCCUUUGCAAUAUGUUAAGAAGCCGUUUAUUUUAAGUAUAAUGUAAACGGAUAUUCAAGAGUGAUAUACUUGCCGAUAAAUAAAAUAUCACAAUAUGGCAGAGCAACAACAAUCACCUUCUGGCUUUAAACGUAUGUCUUUAGAUAAAAUUAUUGAAGCUAUGACUUCAGAUUUAGAAAGUUCUAAUGGUCAUUAUGUUCAAUUUGGUGUAAAUCCACAACAAACUACGUCUCAUAAUUGGGGAAAUUAUUCUUCAAAUCAAACAAGACAUUAUAUUGCUGGUCAAUCUUGUCAUUCUAAUCCAACCACAAUGCAAUCCAUGCCUCCAAUGGGUGCUCCUCUUUAUAUGCAAGAUAUGUCGAAUUAUGAUUCUGCAACAGAUUCAAUCUACUUUCCAUCUCAAGCAGUAAAUCACUUAGGUAUAAAUGAAAAUAAUGAUUUAAUUGGCACUAUAGAUGUUGGAAGAGGCAAUUAUAUUAAUGUAAUUUAUGGAAAUGCUUCGCAAAUUAUGGCAGAACAAUGUCAGCUUUCAAAUAUGACAUCUUACAGAAAUCAAAACAUAAUUGAUCGAGAAUAUGGUCUUUUUAAUGAUCGACACAUGAAUGUGCCAUCUGAAUUGCCAACUCAAAAUUUUAAUGGAAAACAAUUAAUUGAGAAUUUGGUUGGUAAUUGGGUGCCAAAUCAGUCUGGUACAUAUAGUCCCUUUGGUGGAUCUCCAAAUGUAACCCCAGUACUGCAACCAAACAUAGAUAUUAGAGAUCCUGAAGAAUUGCCUAGAAAUUCAACUGACUUUCAACAUAAGAAACCUCGUAUGGUAGCAGAAGUUAAACCUAUGCGACCCUCUUAUUCUGAUGUUCUAACAAAAUCUGCUCCAACACCUCCAUCUCCUCUAACAGUUCAAUCUAUAAAACCCAAAACAGAAUCUGUAAGUAAGAAGGUUUCUAAUAAAAAUUCAAAGAAUAAAUCUAAAUCUACAACAUUAAAGAGACAAAAUUCAUCUGGUAGUGAUGAUCACAAUUCCCCAAAAAUACAAAUACCACGAAAAGUAUUAGAAAAAAAUAAUUCGAACCUCCCAAGACGCUGGGUAUCAUUAGAUAAUCUUGGUUCACCAACUGAAGUUAAUGAAAUAAAUAGUUUUGAUAGAUCAAACCAAUUUGAAAAGAAAAAAGUUUCUAAAAUAUCUAAGAAGGCAGAAAAGGGAGAGACACUCAAUAAUUCAAAAGUUCAAAAUAAUAAUCCUAAAUCUACUGGAAAUAUUCCUAAACGUCCCAUACAAAUAAAUAAUAAUUUAAAUAUAAUAAACACUUCCAGUGAAACUAUUUAUUCUGAAAAAAUAGAGAAAAAUCAACAGGUUGUGAAUAAAGUAAAUAAAGAAGAAAAAAAGGUAACCAAGGAAAAGAAUUCUAAACGUUUUCAGGUUGAAAAAACACAAAUUAAAAAGGCUCAAAGAAAUCGAAGAAGAGAAAAUAGGGAAUCACCAGUUAAAGAUUUAUAUAAAAACUUAAAUAAAUAUGCUAACCAUUGGAUUAAAAUUGGAUUAAAAAUAUUUCAUUGGUUACUACAUCUAGUAUCUGAUGUAGUUAGCAUGAGUGCUAAUCUUAUGAUUCUUCUUGGAAAAUGUGGAUGGUAUCAUGCUAUACUAUAUUUAAAAUAUUUAUGGGUUUAUAUGGCUAUGACAUUUUCAAAAAUUCGUAUUUUGAAUGCUAUUGGCAAGCAAUUGGAUAAUUGGUUCGGUAAUAGUAAAUUUGCGUUUUGGCGUAAAAUAAAAACUAAAAAUGAAGAAAAAGAAGAAAAUAGUAAUUGGAUACAUGGUGGUCUUGAAACCAAUAUUGCAUUACCCAGCACUGGUGAAGAGGCUAUGAAAAGAUUAUUAGCUUGUAAAGGAAAGGAUCCCUACAGUAUACUUGGUGUUACGCCAACAUGUUCAGAUGAUGAUAUUAAAAAGUAUUAUAAGAGACAGGCCUUCUUGGUUCAUCCAGAUAAAAAUAAUCAGCCUGGUGCGGAAGAAGCAUUCAAAAUACUUGUACAUGCAUUUGAUAUAAUUGGUGAACCGGAACGUAGACAAGCAUUUGAUCAAACUAGACAAGUUGAAGCAGCUUGGGGUGUAUUAAGUGAUUUACUCUCUCAACUUCACAGAAAGAUGGAACAGGCAGCAAAUACAAUAAGAUGUACAAAUUGUGGUUUAAGGCACAAAAGAAUUCCAACACAACGUCCUUGUUAUGCAGCAAGAUAUUGUGCUCAAUGUAAAAUACGUCAUGGUGCAAAAGAAGGAGACAUUUGGGCAGAGUCUCGUUUAAUGGGCUUUCUUUGGCAUUAUUAUGCCUGUAUGGAAGGAGCAGUAUAUGAUGUCACAGAUUGGGCAGCUUGUCAAGCUGGUAAUUUAAAACACCUAAGAGCAAAUACACAUAGUGUUCAGUAUAGAAUUGUCUUAGGUCAACGACCGCCAUCACGAACGGCUAAUAAUGGUAAAAGACGCCAACAAAUAGAUCCAAAUACCAGUGAGGCAGAUUUUGAGAACUUCUUAAAAAAGUUAUACAAUCACACCAAGAGCGGAAAUUCAAGUCCACCAAAUCAAAGUUCUUUUGGAGGGGACUGUAAGCGUCGUAAAACUAAACGUAAGAAGUAAAAAGUAUGGCAAGUUACUUUCUAAUCUCUUAGCAUCCAUCAUGUAUAAUUAUACAAUAAUAUACAUAGUACUCCCAAAUGAA